AUGAAGACCGUCUUCGCUCUCGCUGCUAUCGCUGCCGCCGCUGGCGUCUCUGCCCAGGUCGACGCCUCCCAGAUCAACGGCUGUGUCAAGGACUGCGUCUUCCAGACUGCCAAGAACGUCGGCUGUUACAACGAGGCCGACCCCACCGGCUCUGUCAACUGCAUCUGUGGUGACAAGCGCGGCGACUUCACCGGCCAGGCUGCCGGCUGCAUCUCGGGCGGCUGCGCCGACCAGCUCGCCGGCGCCCCCGCCCUCCUCGACAAGCUCUGCAACGAGGGUCUCAAGGACGGCCACUGGUAA